UCACAAAAGGCCAUAGCUGAUCACAGGUGAUGCCCCUUCCUGCUAAUCUCCCACCCCAUGUUCCCUCCUUCCCACCAGGCACCCAAAAAGGCAAAGAAGAGGUCAGCGGACGGAGCGAACUCCAAUGUCUUCUCCAUGUUUGAACAGACUCAGAUCCAGGAGUUCAAAGAGGCCUUCACCAUCAUGGACCAGAACCGAGAUGGAUUCAUCGACAAAAAUGACCUGAGGGACACGUUCGCUGCUUUAGGUCGUGUCAACGUCAAGCAAGAGGAAAUCGAUGACAUGCUGAAGGAGGCCCCUGGGCCAGUCAACUUCACCGUCUUCCUCACCAUGUUUGGCGAGAAACUGAAGGGUGCUGACCCCGAGGACACCAUCCUUAAUGCCUUUAAAGUCUUUGAUCCGGAGGGGAAAGGACUGCUGAGGAAGGACUAUGUGACAGAGAUGCUGACCACUCAAGCUGAUAGAUUCUCUGUGGAGGAGGUGAGGCCACAAAUACACUCUCGUUCUUUCUUUCUAUCUAUUGAUCUGUCCAUCUUUCCAUUUAUCUGCCUCCACGUGUUUGUCUCCCCUGUGUUCUCUCAGAAACCCUCCCCACACACACACCACUCAUACACACACACAACCACACAUAAAUUGCAUGACGUGUCCAUUAGGACCCUCCAAGGGUGGUUUGUAUUGGUGGUUUGUAGUAUUUACAGGGGUACCCAUUAAACACACCGUCUGCGUUCAGACCCACAUUUAUGGUGUGAUGAUUGCUGCCUCCUGUUCAGAUGGAGCAGAUGUGGAAUGCCUUCCCUCCGGAUGUGACUGGUAACCUGGACUACAAGAACCUGGUGCACAUCAUCACACACGGAGAG